AUGGCGGACGUGACAGUGCUGAGAUGCUGGCCAGCCUGUGUCGAUGCGAUCGAUUGGUCUCCGGACGGCAUCAUUGCAUUAGCGUCUGAUGAGCGGGUAGAGCUGCUCUUUCCAAACACCAUCGACUUUGAACGAGAUCAGGUUGCUCCGCAGUGGCAGCAUGUACCCCUCAAAGUACCUUUGUUCUCGACCGACGAGCUACCACUCAAAGAACCUGCGCCUAUCUCAAACUAUUCCAUUGGAGAAGAGAUAUCUAAUAGCGCUCCCAUAAACAUCGCGUGGUCGCCGCCUGGCCUUGCCAAGCACCGAAAGUGCGCGCUUGCGGCUCUCACUGCAAAUUUAACGCUUUCCAUCUGGUCAGCAGAAGGCAAGCCACAAGAGGAAGGAAGUUGGAGCCGACGACUCAUCAUCAACGACGCGCUCGCUGAUCACUUCGAAUAUCGGGAUGACGAGCCCAGUCAUGUGACGGUGUCAUCCAAAGAACGACUGCGAUUGAGAAGCCGCAUUCGAGCGUUCGCUUGGGCACCCGCUCUACCUUGUCCAGAACCGGCUGGUGUCAUUGGAACUCACCUGUUGUACGGUCAGCACAUGUUAGCUGUCUCCAACGAUGACAACCACCUCGUCUUCCUGAAAAUUGAAUCACCAACAUCCACCCUGGGAGCUGAGCGAGACUGGAUGGCAGAGGUUUUGAUACAUAAGUCUUUCGCACCGCCCUCGGAAACUAUUUUCUCACAACCCAACGUUUUCGAGGACAUGAUCAAACAGCAGAGGUACAUUUCUCACAUCGCAUGGAGUCCUUGGGAUAAUCGUGAGGAAUCUUACCAUUCCGUAGUCGUAUACGCUACGAAUGAAGAUGUGCGGGCGCAGGCUAUCACGUAUACUAGUGGGCGCAUGACCUUUGACAAUGAAGUCAUCUACACAGGCUAUGCACUCCGAUAUGAUGGGCCAAUGAAGUGGUUCCACAAGGUCGAAAGCGGGAACAGACUGAGGCUUGCCCUCUUUACGAAUACUGAGCUAGUAUAUUUGACAGUAUCCGCCCUCGACGCUUCUAUCAUCGAAAAAAGCACGCAUGAUUUGGACGGGCGAUGGGACCCGAUAUCUGGUGUUGUUUGGGACACAACCGAGGCGGUAACACCUCGUCUCCACAUAAGCUCACUAACAUCGACCCUCCACAAUCCAACAGCCGUUCUUAAGCAGACCUCCAGUGGCCUGAAGAGUCUUGGCACCCCAAGUUGGCGGGAGAAGAUUGAGAACAAUCUGGCGCUUUUCAGUGUCAAGAAUGGACUCAAAGGAAAUAGCAAGGUGAAGGUAUGGGGUCUAACAAGGUCACCAUUAGGCGACUUUAUUGCUGCAUGCAACAGCGUACAUCCUUCUGAUAUGAUCGAGUACGGUAUUCCGGCUGACCGAAGCGGCACCGUGGCAAUCAGCUCCCUGCGACCUGGUAGACAGCAGCAAGAUCUCUUUCCCAAAGAGGAAGUCACCGCAGAGGGUAUAACCUACAGUCUUAAGAAGUUGGCAGAAGGUGCGGUUGAGGACCCUGAUGAGAUGCCUGCUUUCGCCGAAGAAAUGGUGGGAAAGCUCGUCAUGACUUAUACAGCUCCUUCUCUCUCCGAAAGAAGCUCGAAGACAAUGGCAGUGUACUCGAAUAUCAAUAAUCUCAACUUACUCAUAAGAGAGUUCAAAUUGUCCGGCUUUCUCGAUUCACAUACGCUGAAGGACCGCUAUACCAUACUCGUAUCCGAAGCAUACAGAACGCAGAUCCAAAAAGACCUUUUCAGGACACUGAUUGCGUAUCGCCUCGCACUUGCUUUGCAGCGUCUUCCUCCAUCGCUUUCACAUACUAUCUUUAGCGCGGCAAUUCUCAUCCAUCACAAGCAACUCAUCACUCUUGUCAACAUGGUCAUGGGUCAUGAUGGUACGCCGGGAGCCUUUCCUGCUACAGAUGGAAAUUUGGAGGACAACAGCGCCUCACCAGUCAACUUCAGUAUGGACGGUAGCGACUUUUCAAAGGAUCAAAGUCCAGCGGUGUCAACAGCAGAGACGUGUGAUUUCUGCUCGGCGUCCAUACCCUUCACAGACCCCGCAUCAGCGGCUUGUACCAACGGACACCAGUUUCCCAGGUGCGGAUUGACUUUUCUGGCUAUCCAAGCUCCAGGUAUCACCAAGUACUGUGGCAUAUGUAGCACCCCGUUUUUGAGUGACGAGUGUGUUAUGGCCCAAGAGUACGCGGACAGCAAGAAGAGUGUGAAGACUGGAGAUGACACAAUCAUGACAGGCGUGGCAAGAGAUGGCGAGCUAUCAGAGGGAGGGACGAGGGGAGAGAGGGACAGUGGGUCAUUGAAUGGGGCGGAUGGAGACGGUGCUGCAGAACAAGAAGACUGUGACGAAGAGAAGGACGAGGACCAAGAAAGCGAUGACUCAGAAGGUGAGGACGAUGUGUACGAAAGGAGGGAGCUUCCUGUCACAUUGGCUCGGGUAUUGUUCCUUUCUUGCGAUGCCUGUAUAUACUGUGGUGGCAAAUUUGUUGGUUGA